GUUUUAUUAAACAUAGUAGUAGCUAAACGGCUUAAAUUGGGGUCGUGGGGGUCCAAAGCCUCGAAACUUGAAGUUGAGGUCGACAAAGUCGGACCUAACAAAAUAAUUACUUUGAGAAAAAAAUAGCGCCUUUACCUUUUUUGGGAGAGUCUGUUACACCCUCAGAGUCAACUUCCUCAGCCAUUCUGAUUUUUUUUUGCAAAAUACAUUAAAAAAUUACAUAACCUCUGUCAAUAUUCAAAAUCGGUAAUACAGAAGCCUGUAAAGUUCGAUUAAAUUUUUUAUCAAAUUAUCAAUUUUGUCUUGUAUUGUAAAAAUUAUUGAUUUUUCUAGUUUCAAUCAGUGUUACGCUUAUCUAAUGUCAAUAUACCUAAAUCGUUUGAAUAAACAGAAAAUCAGCAGAAUUCCAGAGCUUUUCGCAACUUCUCGUUUCAAAUAGAUGUCGCUCCCGUAAACGUCAAUUUGACAGUUAUUUCAUUUUAUUUGUUUACUCCCCAUUUUCAUGUUGUGUGUUGGUGUUUAGUGGCAAAAUGUUAGCCCCCGAGGCAGGCUCAACGAACAACCCUGAUGUCGCCGAUAAAACUCCUUUAGUGGGCCAUAGUCGCGGUUUUAUGAAAAAAAUCGCCGGUCUUUUGGGCCAAAAUGAGGGACAGCCGAGUAACUCAGGCCCCAGUUAUGUCGAGUUUGGGUCUUUUACCGAACAAUCAGAGACGAGGACUUUAGGAACGUUUGCGGGAGUUUUCAGUCCCGUGACCUUAUCGAUGUUUUCAGCUCUUAUUUUUUUGCGAAUGGGGUAUAUCGUCGGAAAUGCGGGAUUAUUGGUCACUCUUGCACAGUUCAUGAUAGCUUAUCUCAUUUUGGUGUUUACGGUUGCCUCGAUUUGUGCGAUUUCGACAAAUGGGGCUGUGGAAGGGGGCGGCGCUUAUUUUAUGAUAAGCCGGACUUUAGGCCCAGAAUUUGGGGGCUCAAUAGGCACUUUGUUUUUUUUAGCAAAUAUCGUCAGCAGUGCCCUAUGUAUCUCAGGAUGCGUGGAGGGACUUGUCGAAAAUUUUGGCCCUUCCGGAUAUUUAGUCAAGGGAUUAAUUCCAGACGGCCAUUGGUGGCAGUUCCUCUACUGUGUGUGCCUCAAUACUCUGAAUCUUCUAAUUUGCUUAAUAGGAGCUGCUAUGUUUGCCAAAACCACAGUUAUAAUUCUCGCAAGCGUAUUAAUUUGUCUGGGAAUUACAAUUUUCAGUUUUCUUUAUCAAGGCCCCCAGAAAGUAGCCGUACCAGACUCAAACAGGCUUAUUUUUCAAAACGAAACAUUUCGUGUUUUUGAAAAUUACACAGGAUUUCGUAUGGAAACAUUGACGUCGAAUUUGUAUUCACAAUAUGGCAAAGAUUAUACAGCUAAUGGUGAAAGGGUGACAUUUGCGUCAGUCUUUGGGGUACUUUUUUCCGGGGUCACUGGAAUUAUGGCAGGAGCUAAUAUGAGCGGUGAAUUGAAAAAUCCGGGAAAGUCAAUACCAAGUGGCACUUUAUCGGCUGUAGGUUUUACUUUAAUAGUCUACAUAACGAUUUCAUUUUUUACCGCUUUUACUUGUACAACCGAAUUGAUACAAAACAACUAUUUAUUUAUGGCGGGGGUUAGUGUUUUUCCCCCUAGCGUGGCCGUGGGGUUGUUAACAGCCACCUGGUCGGCUGCUUUAAGCAAUGUUAUAGGGGGUUCACGUGUUUUGGAAGCUUUGGCAAAAGAUAACGUUUUUGGUCCACUAUUGUCUUUUGUGCCUAAAGGGACUUGGAAAGGCAACCCCGUCGCCGCCGUCCUUGUGUCGUGGCUCCUUGUCCAACUUGUUCUUUUAAUUGGAUCCCUUAAUAUAAUCGCCCAAUUAAAUUCAGUUCUCUUCCUUUUGAGCUACUUAGCGACGAAUUUGGCUUGUUUGGGCCUCGAACUUGCAAGUGCUCCCAAUUUCCGUCCCUCUUUUAAAUAUUUCACUUGGCAUACUGCCCUUUUGGGUCUUGUGGGGACUAUAAUUAUGAUGUUUGUUAUUAGUCCGAUUUACGCCUUUUGUAGUAUUCUUUUAUGUCUCUUUUUGUUUAUAUUUCUGCACCUUUUCUCCCCUUCCAAAGAGGCACAUUGGGGGAGUAUUUCUCAAGCAUUAAUUUUUCAUCAAGUCCGCAAAUAUCUUCUAUUGCUUGAUUCUCGCAAAGACCAUGUUAAAUUUUGGCGGCCGCAAGUGCUUUUACUUGUAAACAGCCCCCGAUCGGCUUGUCCUUUAAUCGAUUUUAUCAACGAUUUGAAAAAGGGGGGGCUAUACGUGUUGGGGCAUGUGGUUAAAGGCGAUCCGGAUUUGCUAGGACCGGACCCGACUCUCGACAUGCAAUUGCAUUGGUUGAAUUUAGUCGAUCAUUUGAAAGUCAAAGCUUUCGUCGAGUUGACUGUAGCCCCUUCGGUAAGGGACGGCUUGAGACAUUUGGCGAGACUAUCAGGAAUGGGGGCCAUGAAGCCAAACACGGUCGUUUUGGGGUUCUUGGACGAGGAAUACCAAUAUGAUUUCCUGCAAAGCGGCGAUUCGUCGUACCAAAACAACGAUUUCGGUAAUGAUGUGUUUCCCCUAAAUUCGCAAGAGAAAUUAGAGGCUUUGGAAUACGUCCAAAUGAUGGGGGAUGUACUCAAGAUGAACAAAAAUUUAUGUUUAUGUCGGAAUUUUCCCAAAUUGAAGAAAGAUACGAAGAAAAAUUGGACGAAGAAAUAUAUAGACGUUUGGCCUGUUAAUUUCUUAAAUCCAGGUGAAAUGGAUGCGUUUGACACGACUUCGUUGUUCAUGAUGCAGUUGGCGUGUAUUGUUAACAUGGUGCCUCUUUGGAGUCGCCUGAAAUUGCGUUUAUGUAUCUGUGACGAGGCAAGACAGACUCGCUUUACGUUAAGUCCGAAUGGGCAGAGUCAUAUCGAGAAAUUACAUUUGCUUUUGAAGAAGUUGAGGAUUGCAGCAACGCCUUUUCCGGUUCCAGGCUGGAGUAAUGUCAUUGAAUCGCAUGGAAACCAAAUGGAAACGUACUUAAAAAGCGUUAAUAAUUUGAUAUUGCAACAAACCUCGGACACGGUAGUGACUUUUAUAUAUCUUCCGCCGCCUCCAAAUAACGAUUCUGAGAAAGAGGCAUACUACCAGAAAUUGGACAUUAUCUCAAGAAAUCUUCCUCCGACAAUGUUUGUUCACGGCGUUAGCACAGUAACGUCCACCACAUUAUAAUAUUAACUUAAAUGAAAUUUUUAGAGUAUUAUUAAGAACAAACAUAUUUGUACGAUAUUAAUAUUUUUAUACGUCUAUAAACAAAUUUUUAAGACAUAUCUUUAUUGCCUUAAGUAUAAUAAAAUAAUACUGUGAUGUUUAUGUAAGGAAUAAUAAUAAAAGUUUUAAGUCAG